UGCAGAGAGUGUGUGUUUCGCAUUAGUCAACCCGAAUUAUUUAUUCGACGAACAGACAUUUGUUGUGUAUCGCAUUGUCUUCAACACACGAGAAAAGAAAAUUCUCAUUUUUUUUCAUUAUUACUCCCAAUCACAUAGUUUAUUAAAACGUUGCAUAUUGUUUUAGUUGGUCGAUUUCAUUUAUCAUUACAACCAAGAAAAUGGCACGUGGUCACCAAAAAAUCCAAUCACAGGCUAAAGCCCAAGAAAAGGCAGCCAAAAUGAAGAAGCAAUCCGGUCACAGCGCCACCGAUCAGAAGAAAGCAGCACAAAAAGCAUUGGUCAUCAGUUGUGCCGUAUGCAAAUCACAAAUGCCCGAUCCGAAGACGUAUAAACAGCAUUUUGAGAACAAACAUCCAAAAUCCGAAUUGCCAGCCGACUUGAAAGACGUUGUUGCUUAAUGAAUCACUUGGAAGCCAUUAUCAAUAUUAAAACAAUUUUUUUUUAUGGAAAAUCGUUAAAGGAAAAAGAUGAGAGAGAAAAAAGAAUAUUUAAAAUAAACCGACACAUUUCUGUACAAUAACAAUA